UGUUGCCCUUGUAAACAGAAGCAAUGCUGCAUGCAUUGGCGUGGUUCGUAACAUGCGUUCGUAGUGGUUUUGGGGGAAUUCAUAUCUGCAUUUCACUUUGUCUUGCCUAGCCUACUGUAAAGAUAUGGCUGCUACAACAUUAUGAAGACGACUUGAGUUCACACAGAUGAAAUACACGAGGCGACAGUGUCACUUAGGCAGAUCUACUGUGCGUUUGUUUGUUACCCCGGUCAUUAACCUAAUUGAUUGCCAAUGCGUUUGGUUUGAACAGGUCCUUGCCGUUGUCCUGUGUGUCACACAUGGUAUCGACAUUAUAGCCAAGCAUUAGCCUACAACGUUAGUUUUACCCGUCUGCAACUCUAAUGGACACUUCUCAGAAUGAGCAGACGAAAGUCCCGAAGUGGCCGCGGUUGACAAAGUUCAUGUUGUCUGCGUGUGCAGCCUCGGUUGCUGAAUUUGUCACAUUUCCACUGGAUCUGACUAAAACGAGGCUACAGGUGCAAGGCGAAGCAGCUGCCAGGCGUACCGGUGUGACGUCCACCUCCCAGCCGAGCUACAGGGGAAUGCUCCGGACUGCCAUUGGUAUUGUUCAGGAGGAGGGUCCACUGAAACUAUGGCAAGGCGUCACACCAGCAGUCUAUAGACAUGUUGUGUAUUCAGGAGGACGGAUGCUGGCCUAUGAACAGCUGAGAGAGCACGUUCUCGGGAGAAACACUGAUGGAAGUUUCCCCUUCUGGAAAGCGGUGAUCAGUGGAAUGCUGGCCGGUGCCAUGGGCCAGUUUUUGGCGAGUCCUACAGACCUGGUGAAGGUCCAGAUGCAGAUGGAGGGCAGACGUAUCCUGGAGGGGAAGGAACCAAGAGUGCGGGGCGUUCUCCACGCCUUUGUGAAGAUUUUCUCAGAGGGGGGAAUCCGAGGUCUCUGGGCCGGAUGGGUACCCAACGUCCAGAGAGCCGCAUUGGUCAACCUAGGAGAUCUCACUAUGUAUGACACUGUGAAGCACUUUCUGCUGAGAAAUACCCCAGUGGAAGACAACAGUAUCUGCCACGGGCUGGCCAGUAUCUGUUCCGGUCUGAUGGCGGCUACAAUGGGGACACCCGCUGAUGUGGUCAAGACAAGAAUCAUGAACCAACCCAGAGAUUCACAUGGCAGGGGCCUUUUGUACAAGUCCUCCAUUGACUGUCUGAUCCAGUCUGUGAGAGGAGAAGGGUUCUGGUCUCUAUAUAAGGGCUUCCUACCGACCUGGAUGAGAAUGGCUCCCUGGUCCUUGACCUUCUGGCUGACCUUCGAGCAGAUUCGCAAGGGCAUGGGGGUCUCCUCAUUCUAACGCCAUGACCAUCUCCUCAGUCUAACGCCUGCUGCCAAACUUGAAGCCUUGAUACAGUAUACCUCUUAAGUACACAAUAGGCAUAAGGCCGUCAAACUGUACAUGGAAGAGAAGGGGAACCCAGCCUUCAGUUUUCUAGUGAGCAUAGCUGUUUAUGAGCAGGGCAUUGGCAAUGGCUCAAUAAAGGUCUUUAAUGCCAAGAGACAUUCUGUUGUCAUAACAUGUCAAUGGAACAUGGUCAUGGAAAUCCUAAAAAAAUCAAAUUAAAAAAAAGUUACAUUACCAUUUUCCAAGCCUGGAGAAAGUCAUGAAAUCUUUUUGGAAACAUACUUUUUUAUUGAGGUUUUGUACUGCAUAUUUAUAGUGACUUAAAGGUAAACUAUACAAGAUUUUCACCAUAAUAACCUUAACGAAGCCAAUUUCAUGGUAAGCAAACUUAUAAUAGAGGAAUCGUUCACCUAGCAUAGCCAUGCAGCACAGCCGUACCUAGUCGCUAACGAGAGAACCAGCCAUGCAACUUCAAGAAUAGCGGCCCGAAGAUAUCUCGCGAGAAUUGUGAAACAUUACCUUGUCAGUAGAUAUAGCUCUUUGGACAUAGUUUUUGCUCGUUGUCAAUCAAUCACCUCCACAACAAAAGCAUU